AAAAAAUAGUUAUAAUAAAGUUGAAAUUUUUAUUGAUUAUUUGAUCCCAUGUAUUCAGGCUAUUAUAGAAGACCUGUUAAAGCAGUGGUUAAAGCACUUGGCUGCUAACUGAAAGGUCAGUGGUUGGAGGCCACCAACCACUGUGGGGAGAAAGAUGUGGCGGCCUGCUUGUGUAAAGAUUUACAGCCUUGGAAGCCCUAUGGGGCGGUUCUUCUCUGUCCUGUAGCAUCAUUGUGAGUAGGAAUUGACUCAUUGCAAACCAAAAAAAAGCCACCCAUUGCCGUAGUGGAUUCCAACUCAUAGGACCCUAUAGGAUAGAGUAGAACUGCCCGUAGAGUUUCCAAGGAGUGCCUGGUGGAUUGGAACAGCUGAUCUUUUGGUUAGCAGUCAUAGCACUUAACUACUAUGCCACCAAGGUUUUCGACUCAACCGCAGUGAGGUUUUUUUUUUUUUGUAUUCGGACAGUUGAGUAUUUCAGUUCCUUAGCUGGGUAUUGGCUUCACAUGGUGAGUAAUAUUCAUGGGAUGUUAGAUACCAGAAGUGAGUAUUAGGAGGUAGCAUUGUGGUAUUAGGGUAACUGGGAUGGAAUCAGACCCAGAUUAUACUCUUAACAUUGUAACUGAGUAACCUCAUUUUUCCUGUCUUGUAAUAAAUGAAGAUACUGAAUUUAAAUGCCCUUCUAAGCUUUGAGUUUUGUGACUUUGGUAAAUUUAUGACAUGUUAUCUCUGGGUAUUGAUACGUUAUUUGCCUAAGUGCAGAGAGGUUUUCGUUGGCUUUACUUUAUAACCUUGAGUUGAACAUGGAAGUGUAAGAGAAUCAAGAAUAUAAAAAUGUUUUAUUAACUUUUUUUCCCAAAGUUUUUAAAAUCUUACUCUUCAUUUCCAGAUACCAUCUCUUCUUUUGAUCACUGUUCCUGACUGUGGCAUUGUCUAAGCAUUAAACUGUGUCCUUUUUGUUCCUUGAAGAAAAAGGUAUGGUGGAUAUUGAAGUACUGGAGUAUGUAGUCUCUUAAAUUGUGCCACUGAGUCGGUUCCAACUCAUAACGACCCUGUGUACAACAGAACAAAACACACUGCCUGGUUCUGCGCCAUACUCAGUUGUUCUCCUCGAAGCCCAUUGUUACAACCACUGUGUCAGUCCAUCUUGUUGAGGGUCUUCCUCUUUUUCACUGGCCCUCUACUUUACCAAGCAUGAUGUCCUUCUCCAGCAACUGAUUCCUCCUGCUAACAUGUCCAAAGUAUGUGAGGCGUAGUCUCGCCAUCCUUGCUUCUAAGGAACGUUCUGGUCGUACUACUUCCAAGACAGACUUUUUCAUUCUUUUGUCAGUCCAUGGUAUAUUCAGUAUUCUUCACCAACACCACGGUUCAAAGGUGUCAGUUCUUUGGUCUUCUUAUUCAUCGUCCAGCUUUUGCAUCAUAUGAGGUGUACUGGCAUCAAGAAGAUUAUUUUCAAAUCGUUCAGGAAAAUUACUGGGCUGAGGCCUAUGGGGACCAUGGUCUUGGGAAACAUCUAACUCAAUUGGAAUAAUACAAAGAAAAUGUUCUACAUUCUACUUUGCUGGUGCUAGCAUACUCCUACACUACCUGGCUCUGGACCCAGCCUGAGGCUCUGGAUUCACUUCCUUCCUGCUCAUACGUCAGCCUGAGCUCUGUCAUCCAAAGAGCUACACUGGUCUCCCUCUCAAGCCCUCACUUUCUCUCCCAAGAUCAAGAAACUAAAACACAGAGAUUGAGACUUGUCUGAAGUAACACAGCCAGUGAGUUAAUGUGGGAAAAAUCCUGGUAUUUUGAAGAUGUCUCAACACAAUAUUGUCUCCUGUUUAAAUUUCAAAUAACUUCAAGAGAUUUUCAGAGGAAAAAAAAAAAAGAAAUUGGGAUUUUUUUUUUUGUUGUUGUUAAAUCAUGCCAUCUGAACAGAAUCAGUUGUUUUGUGAUGAAAAACAUACUACUUUACAAAAAGAUUAUGAUAUGAAAAAUGAGAUAGUUGAUACUGUCAGUUUAGUACCUAAACCAAGUAUUUCAGAAAGUAGUUGUCAUUAUGAACUAAGAAAUGUGAAAAUUGAUUUGCCGAAGAUAAAUAUUCCCAGUGGAGUCGUAUUGAAACAUGAAAUUGACAAAUACAGAAAAUUAUUUCAGAGUAAACCACAGACUGCAAGAAAAUCUGUUAGUGUAAAGACCAUAAGCUGUGUCGAGGAGUGCAUGUUGCUGCAUAAAUCGGAGAUAACUGAAGAAGAGGGUAUAAAAAUGUCUGCAAAAAUACUCAAUUUCAACUGUUCAAAAUGCCGAGACAACACUCGAUACAGCCCAAAUGAUUUGCAGAAACACUUUCAAAUGUGGCACUGCGGUGAAUUACCUUCCUAUCCUUGUGAAAUGUGCAGUUUUUCAGCAAAUGACUUCCAGGUAUUUAAACAACACAGACGCACCCAUAAAAGCACUUUAGUAAAAUGUGUCAUUUGUAACAAUGAGAAUGUAUAUACUUUAUUGGAUUUGACAAAGCAUUUCACAUCCACACAUUGUAUUAAUGGUAAUUUUCAGUGUGAAAGGUGCAGAUUUUCCACCCAGGAUGUUGGCACAUUUGUUCAGCACACUCACAGACAUAAUGAAGUUCAUUAUAAAUGUGGUAAAUGCCAUCAUGUGUGUUUUUCCAAAGGAGAGCUUCAGAAGCACCUUAAUGUUCAUUCUGGUACGUUUCCCUUCACUUGUCAGUAUUGUAGUUACGGUGCCACCAGGAGAGAGUACCUUAUAAGACAUGUUAUAACUUUGCACAAAGAACACUUAUAUGCAAAAGAAAAACUGGAAAAAGACAAAUAUGAAAAAAGGAUGGCAAAGACUUCAGCAGGACUUAAGCUAAUACUGAAAAGAUACAAAAUAGGUGCGUCAAGGAAGACAUUCUGGAAACGUAAGAAAAUUAGCAACGGAAGUGACAGAAGCUUAGAAAGAAACACAAAAAUACUUAAAAAAACCAACAAAACACAGACUAAAUCUAAAGACCAGAGUCAUCUUGUUCAAGAACAUUUAAAGGAGAAAAAGGAUGAAAGAGUACACUGUGAGAAGAAUGAUAAACCCACUGAGUUACAGUCAGAAAAAUCCACUCUUCUGUCCACUGGACAGUGUAAUAGAGGUGGAGAGGGAUCAAAUUCUACUUCAGGUUCCUUGAAGACGACUUCUGUACAAGGACCUACAGUGUUAAUGGUGAAAAAUAAUAAAAUAACAAUUCCUGCAAACUACAGUGCUAAGUUUAUGGGCUUCAAGAUGGUGGAUGGAAAACAACAUAUUGUAAUAAAAUUGUUGCCUGCCAAUAAACAAAGUUUUUAUUCACCAGGCUCACAUUCAGGUGCUUCUAAGGACAGUACUGCUAAUUUGCAGCCCCAGACUUUGGACACCACUGGAUUUUUAUCUGCAGGAGUAGCAGCUGAGUUAAAUGACAAGGUUUGCAUGAAAACAACUACUCCAUUUUCAUAUUCAUCUGCUAUACUUGCAGGGAAAGUAACUUCAGCAAAAGAAAUGGCUUUGAUAUCUCAAAUGAAUAAUAUGCUCCAGACAGUGGGGGAUGAAAAAACUGUAUCUUUUUUGCCAACAUCAUCAGAAUUUGUUACAGCACCAGUGAAUCUGACCACAAAAGUUGAAACCAGAGAUAGUGUUGACUUAUGGGGAAAUCAUAUUACUCAGAGUCACCCUCAGAUAUUAGGUACCACCAUUAAAAGUCCAGAUAAAGUCAACUAUAGCAUCAAACCAAAUGCAUACAACAGUGGAGAUAUGCAUAAUUAUUGCAUUAAUUAUGUCAAUUCUGAGUUACCUGUUGAAUCUUCCAAUCAAGGAUCAUUACCUUUUCAUAAUUACUCAAAAGUGAAUAAUUCUAAUAAACAUCAUAGGUUUUCAGGAACAGCAGUGUAUGAAAAUCCUCAAAGAGAAUCUUCAAGCAAAACGAUGGUUCAGCAACCAAUAAGUGAAUCAGUUUUAUCACUAGUGAAGAAGGAGAGCGCAAAUCCAGAUAGCCUGUUAGCAUCUAUUAGCCUUUUAAAUCCUAAAUACGGAACUAUAAAAACGCAGUCGGAAAUUGAACAGUGUGACGUAGGAAAAGGACAAAACAUUGAUGGACAUAACCUGUACACAAAUGAAAAUCAAAAUGUAGAGAGUGUGACUGAAAAACCUAAAUGGGAUAACUUUUCUAAUGUUGAUUCACCCAUGAUGCCUAGAAUCACAUCUGUUUUCUCUCUCCAGAGCAAACAGGCUUCAGAAUUUUUGCCACCUGAAGUGAACCAGUUACUUCAAGAUAUAUUAAAAACAAAAUCUGAUGUAAAGCAAGACUCUGAUAACACUUCGGAUAAAGGCCUGCCACUACAUGGUGACCAACCAUUUCAGAAACAUGAGGGAGAGGGCAAAAGAGUUGAAUCCUCAAGAGACUUGAAAAUGCAAGGCAACUUCCCAAUUCCAUCUGGCAGUGUUGGUGUCAGUGAGCUUACAAAUGAUCUGAAUGGAAAACAAGUGCCAUCAAUGUCACAAAAUCUGAGAGAUGCAGGGAAGACACCUAGAAUUUCAGGAAUUGGCACAUUACUUAAGACUCAAUCAGAUGCAAUAAUAACACAGCAGCUUGUAAAAGACAAAUUACGAGCCACUACACAAAAUUUAAGUUCUUUAUAUAUACAGAAUCCACUUCUAAAUUCAGAACCAAAAAAAGCUAUAUUUGUUCAGACUCCAAAAGGCCUCUUUGUACCAUUGCACAUUGCUAACAAGCCUGGAUUACACGUUGUUUCAGGAAGACCACUUUCCUUGGUUAACACACAAAGUGUACCUGCCUCUCUGCUCUUAAACAAGAAACCUGGGAUGAUUUUAACUUUUAAUAACGGGAAACUUGAAGAUAUUUCCAAUGUCAAAACUGAGAACGCUCAGUCUUCUAGUGGGGUCAUGACUAAGGAGCCUUGCAGAACGCCUUUUUUAAAGGUAGAGCCGAGCAAUAAUUGUCUGACACCUGCACUUUGCUCCAGCAUUGGCAGUUGUUUGAGCAUGAAAAGUAGCUCAGAAAAUACUUUGUCGUUAAAAGGCCCUUACGUUAUUAAAACAUCAGCAAAUUCUUCAGUGAAAACUGUUCCUACUCCUACUGUGCUAUCUGAGCAUCAGGGCACUAAGUUGAAUAUCUUGGAUUCAGUAAAACAGCCGAAUGAGGUUUUCCCCAAACCACCUGUUUAUACGCUCUUGCCUCAUGGCAAACAAGCGGUGUUUUUAAAGUGUGUGAUGCCAAAUAAAACUGACCUACUUAAACCUACAGUAGUCCAAAAUAGUACUUAUCAUCAAAAUAUACAGCCAAAGAAGCCUGAAGGAACACCACAAAAAAUACUGCUGAAAGUUUUUAACCCUGUUUUAAAUGUGACUGCUGCUAGUAAUCUGCCAGUAAGCCACUCUGCAUCUUCGUUGCAAAAAGCUGAGGGCCCAUCUAAUCAGACUACGGGAGGAGAGCAGAAAGAGCCAGAGUCUUCCAGAGAUGCCUUACCCGUCUUAUUAGAUGAUUUGAUGCCAGCAAAUGAAAUUGUGGUAACUUCUACGGCAGCAUGCCCGCGAUCUCCCGAGCAGCCAGUAUGUAUCACCAACUGUUCAGACGCCAGAGUUUUAAGGUCUAAAACAAAUUGUGCAAGUGAGAGAAGUUUCAAUAGAAAAAAGGCUUCCAAAAGAAAAAUUUCAAGAAUAAAAACUCACAUAGGAAGUAAAGAUUUUGAAACUGCCUUUGCAACUAGAGACAGAAACUAUAAACGGAAAUGUAGGGAUAGUUACCAAGAACCUCCUAGAAAAAAAGCAACAUUGCAUAGAAAGUGUAAAGAAAAGGCUAAACCUGAAGAUUUCCGUGAAACACUGGGACCUAGGUUUUCAAAAGAUUCAGUUAGAACUUUGAGGCUUUUCCCGUUUAGUUCCAAACAGCUUGUGAAAUGUCCUAGGAGAAACCAACCAGUUGUAGUUUUGAAUCAUCCUGAUGCAGAUGCACCGGAAGUAGUAAAUGUAAUGAAAACCAUUGCUAAAUUUAAUGGACGUGUACUCAAGGUUUCGUUGUCAGAAAGAACUAUGAAUGCCUUACUGAAACCAGUUCAUCGUAACCGUUAUAAAACAACUUAUGAUGAGUUUUCCAAGAGGCACAAAACACUUAAACCUGUUAGUUCUGUGAAAGAAAGGUUUGUGCUAAAAUUAACACUCAAAAAGACAAGCAAAAACAAUUAUCAAAUUGUGAAAACUACCUCUGAAAGUGUUCUGAAGGCUAAGUUUAACUGUUGGUUUUGUGGUCGAGUGUUUGACAAUCAGGAUGCUUGGGCUGGUCAUGGGCAGAGACAUUUAAUGGAAGCCACUCGGGAUUGGCAUAUGUUAGAAUAAUUUACCCUAAUUACCAAGGAAAAGAAAAGUAAAACUAUAUUAGAAGAAAACAGUAGGUUGGAUGACCAUAAUGCAGACAUUUUCCAUUUCAAAUUAGUACCUGAAAUUAAACACUUUUAAGGUUGGUUAUAUUUCAGUGGAAGAGCAAAAGUUUUGUAUGUGAUAAUUGAUAAUGCUAUCACUGGACACAUGUAAGUUUUGAAAGAAACUAAUCACAGCACAGAUGUACCUUGAUUUAAUUUUUUAGAAAUGUGUUCUUGGGGAAGUUAGGGCUAAAGAAAACUUUUAUAAAACAGCUUUAUUUUCCCAAUUUAUAUUAAAAAAUUUUGUGACUCUUAGAAGAUGACAGCUGACAGCCCCAUUCCCUCUCUUUCACCAGCCUUAUGAAUCUGAUAAGUAUAGCUCCUCUGAAGGUGGAGAGCUCUUUCACCAUGCAGUUUCUCGUUUGUACAGAUAUACUGAGAGAGUUUGGGAAAAGAACUUAUUGUACAUCUGGUAAAUAGGGUUCUUUUGAAGGAUAUAGGCUCUUUUGAGAGCACAUAUAAUUUACUCCAAUUACACCUCAUAUAAUGCUUGAAGAGUUAUUGGCAAGUAGAUCUGAAACAUUUUUGUUGUUUGCAUAAAUCUUUUUUCUUAUUAAGCUAUGUUCCAGGCCAGAGAUUGGAACACCUUCCCAAGGUGAUUUUCUUACUCCCUCUAAGUGGCUGUGUCAAGCACUGCAGUAGAUUGGUAGCCUAGAGAGAAGAAUUAAAAACUCUCUUGGUCUAGUUUAGAAACCAAUUAACUAGAACAUUUCUCUGAAUUUGGUUAUAUUCUCUUGGGAUCCUCUUGAAAAGAACUAUGCUUAUCUGAUUUAAGUCGUUUCACAUAAACCAAAUGGCCAUUUUUUUCUUGGUUGUCAUCCCUUUAAAAAGAGUUGAACAGAGAAGCUCUUCCAAGGGAAUGGCUUUUAUUGAAAAUUAGAAAUUAUUUUACAGAAAUACUUUUUAAAAGCAAGAUUAGCGAGACAAAUCAAAUUUUUGUUUAAUUACUGUUAGUGUGGGAAUAUGGCCAAAUCGGAGCAAAGCAUUUUGUUAGCAGCUUCUCAGUAUGACUGACAAAGCAGAUUUUUACUAAUUGUUGGCAGGUGAAAAUGGGGAAGCAUUACCAGGGGAUGCAGUGGUAGUGCAGAAAACUUCAGGACAGAUUCCUAAGGGGCAUACCCAACAGGGAGAGUUAAAUGGAUGUUUUCAUGAUAGCAACAGAAUCAUAGAUUUAAACUUUUGAUUUUGUAGGUUUGGAUCAUUGAAAUAUGACAUUCUUGUAUUACAAGGUUAAUUUGCUAUGAUUUUUGUUACAUUGUUACUACAAGUGUUAGGACAUUUUGGUUUGGAUUAAAACUUCAGGGCUUCUUUUUUGUAUAUAAUGAAGAAUUUAAACCUGUACAUAUUUUUUGUACCUUUCAGUUAUGUAAAUUUUGCACAGAAAGUUUUGACAUAAAAGUUUAUUUUCAGUUUAGUUCUGUGCAUGCACUAAUAAAACUGGUUGUUUAAUUUAAAAGGAAUUUAUAAAACUUUACCCAUGUUAUUUUUUUGGUUUUUAUUUCAGAUGUAGAAUUUUUUUUUCUCCCAUAAAUUCAUUUUUCAGGGAUUGAACACUAUUGUUAGCAAGUGCCUAAAAGAUGUGAAACAGUUUACAUAUGUCAGCUGUAAAAGUAGGUCCCAAAUGGGCCCACCCCCCCAAUAGUUUUAUUUUUAAAAAAGCCAUAUGUAGAUGCUUCAAGCUAUCUUGCUAUGCACAUUAUACUUGUACUGUUCUGGUGCAGUUUGUCUACUUUCUUAGUGAAGUAUUUUUUGUAUAAAAUCUGUUAUAAUUGUGUUUUUAAAAUUGAGCCUAAGAAUGGAGCUGAUUGUGAACAUACAGGUUAUAUUAAUAAUGUUACGGUGUUUAAAGAAUGAUAAGUAUUGCUCAUUUCUGUAAUGAAACUUUUCUUCAAUUAAAUUUAUCUUAAGCUUGUGUAAAA